AUGAUCAUUGUUACCAGUUACAACAAAAAUAUAUUUUUUGACACGUUUACAACUCCCAGUGAUUUUAUAUUAACAGAUAAACCAACUCUGACUGUGCAGCCACAGACGUCUGUGUUCAUUGGAGACACAGUUACCCUGACCUGUGAGGUUCAUCAGUCCACUGGAUGGGAUUUUUUUUUUACCACACCACUCGCCAAGACUGAAUCCGUUGAAACUACAGGAACUAAAACAAUCAGAUUUGUUCGAGUCUCUGCUGGAGGAGAGUACAAGUGCAGAGCCAGAAAAAGAGAAUACCCUUAUGUUUUAACACAAUACAGUGAACCAAUAAUAGUGACAGUAAAGGAUGUAAAGCCAACUCUGACUGUGCAGCCAGAUACGUCUGUGUUCACUGGAGACACAGUUACUCUGAUCUGUGAGAUUCAUCAGUCCACUGGAUGGGAGUUUCUUUUCAUCACACCAUCAAACACUGAAUCCUUUAAAACUUCACGAACUAAAACAAUCAGAUCUGUUCAAGAUUCUGAUGGAGAAGAGUACAUGUGCAUAGGCAGAAAAGGAGAAAACCCUCCCUUAGACACAAAACACAGUGAACCAAUAAGAUUGACAGUAACUGAAAGACCAACACCUCAAGUGUCUGUUUGGCCUGCUGAUCAUGUAUACAAAGGAGAAACUGUCAAUCUCACAUGUGUCAUCAAUGGAGGAGGAGUCAACAGCUGGCAGUACAGCUGGUAUAAAAAUGAUUCAGACAUCCAGCAGAAUAAACUUCAGUAUUACACAAUCAGAUCUGUUACUGAGUUUGACGCAGGUAAAUACACCUGUAGAGGAACAGAGACCAGAGGAUCACGAUACUCACACAUCAGUAAUGAAGUUACACUGACAGUAUCAGAGAGCCCUAAACCCGUAGUGAGUGUUGAUCCUGACAAAAAGCUGUUCAGAGGAGAAACUGUUACUCUGAGAUGUGACAUACAGGAUACAGGAAACACUGAGUGGACAUACAGCUGGACUGUAGAGCCAUAUAACUGGUAUAUAGUCAACAAAUGCAAGACACAAGAGUGUAAAAUCAACAACAUUCAAUACUAUCACAGUGGUAAAUACACCUGUAGAGGAAAGAUACGUGAACAAAACACUGAGAUGAGUGAUGCUGUUACACUGACUGUAUCAUCAGAUAAACCACAGACAGUUUUAAGUGUUUCUCCACAGCAGUGGUUGACUGAAGGAGAUUCAGUGACUCUGAUGUGUGAGGUUAUAAAUUCAUCUACAGGCUGGACAUUCAGCUGGUUUACUGUACAGAGUCUUUACUCAGUGAAUAAAUAUGAUUAUGAGGUGGUGUCAAACAGCAGUGGAGGAUCUAAAGGCAUCUACACAGUGAGUUCAGUGACUGUGAAGCACACAGGAGUUUAUAUGUGCAGAGCAGAGAGAGGAGAUCCAGUCUAUCACACAAAGUACAGUAACACACAAACACUGUGGAUCACUGGUGUUUCUCCUUCAGUCUCUCUGAUCAUCAGACCCAACAGAUCUCAACACUUCUCAUCUGAAUCUCUCUCUCUGAGCUGUGAGGAUCACAGUAAAUCUACUGGAUGGACAGUGAGAAGAUACACAGACAAACUGAAACCUUGUUCAUCAUCAGACUGGAGAUCUACAGGAACAACAUCUACAUGUACAAUCAGAUCUCUCAACACAUCUGAUACUGGAGUGUACUGGUGUCAGUCUGAAUCUGGAGAGAAACUUCAUCCUGUUAAUAUAUCAGUACACAAUGUUGAUGUGAUUCUGGACAGUCCUGUUGAUCCUGUGACUGAAGGAGAUAAUCUGACUUUACACUGUUUAUAUCGAGAUAAAAAACCCUCUAACCUGAGAGCUGAAUUUUAUAAAGAUGGAUCAGUGGUGCAGAAUCAGACUACAGGAGACAUGAUGAUCAUCCCUACAGUCUCAAAGUCACAUGAGGGUUUCUACUACUGUAAACACCCAGAGAGAGGAGAGUCUCCAAAGAGCUGGAUCUCAGUCAGAGUUUCAGGUGUUUAUCAGGAGAUGUUUGGCCUCAAGAUUUUCACUUUUCCAAUGGCAGUUUGUCCAUAUCUGAUAGCGACAGUCAUUCUGUUUUUCAAAUGCUGCAGACUGAGAGGUGAAACAUCUGUCUGA